CUCGCUUUGACCUAGGUCAAUGAAAUUGGGUCACAAGGUAGUUCUCCGCCGUGGCUACCCAACACUGUUUGCGGCUUGUUGCUAUGUUGCGUGGUUCUCGAGAUCUUAGGGGGAGGGGGCCAAAAUGCCCCCCCCCCCACACACACACAACAGGGCGCGUUGCUCCGGCAGACCCCAACGGGGCGCGGGUUAAGUCGCAGAUGAUCUACCCAAUGCAUUCUAGUCUAGGUAGCUGCACGAAACGCAUAGGAACUUCUCAAACUCACUAGAAUGAAUCGUUACUCCGCGGAUUCCCCGGGUGGUUCGCGGAUCUCGUCAACUCUUCAGGGAGUUCGUGGUUAUCCUGAAGAGUCUUGUUCAUCCGCGGAUCCCCGCCCGUUUAUCCGCGAAUAUACUAGACUUGAUGUUCAUCCGCGGAGCCACUAGGGACUUCGCGGAUACCCUAGGAAAUCCGCGGAUCCACAGAUUUCGCAAACUCACUCUAACAUUGGUAAAAAAGAGCAUGCUCCAGAAAUGUUAAAUGCAGUCUUGUCUCUGCGGUGAUGAAGGGUCUACCUUCAACAAUUGCAAACGAGUUGUUACCCAAGACAGCAUGCUGCUUUCGAAAUCAUUUCGGAUAACUUCUUACAAUAACAUAAACUUGUGAUACUAAAAACAUAAGAUUGAUGUUCUUACAACUGAAAAUACCGUAUAACGGCGACAAUUUUUAAAUUGCUAUAGGCGACAGCCUAGUAAGCUGUUAAUGGUUAUGAUGGUCACAAUUGAAAUAUAUUAAAAUCCUAGAAGACGUCGAAAAUUGAAAAAAAAAACGUUUUCUUGUAUGUGUCACUCAUCCAAAACGUAGGUGCAUGAAUACAUACUAGACUUCUGGACACCCAUCCAAUUCGCUGUACAUUUUCUCCUUCGUUUAACAAAACAAUAGCCGUUCUCACGACGGGCCUUGUGUGGCGCAUGCACCUAAUUUGACCAGAUCUGCACCAAGUAUCUCUUGCAACAAAUAUCUUCAUACCGUUAUUACAUUUCAGUAUUUAAAUCGAAAAUAAUGUAUAAAAUUUGAAAAAAAAACAAGCAUAUAAGCAAUAAGUGCGGCCAAAGCUGAUUGUUAACAAGAAACAGAAUGAACCUAAUAUGACCAAAUCUACACCAAAUCCGCACCAAAUAUGAACCAAAAGUGUACCAGAUAGCCAUCGUGAAAACGGCUAAUAUCUACGAAUUUUGUACGCAUUUUAUCUUUUUUGUAAAUGUUUAACGCCCAUGGUUUCGUGCGGAAACUACGUUUAUUUUCCUGCAAAAUAUUCAAGGCUGUUAUGAACAUUCAGCCUAAUGAAAUAAACAGACCCUGCUAUAAAUAGAUUCCAGUCGAUUUCUAGACGUCCAUCCACGUCUAGCAGGUAGACAUCGUUAGCUGAAUCAUGGCACCUGUGAAUGUCUAUAUCAACAGUUGCGCCAUCCUGACUGUUAAUGAGUUCCGUCAAAUCUGAAGUCUGGGCACCAAAGAUGUCUUUCAAGAUUAGCGAGCCUCGAUGCGUGUCGCUCUUAACCGUUAUGAUUGGUACUCCUCUAUUCACAAAUAUUUGUUAUAGGUUUAUUUUGGAAAAUCUAUUCUAUACGAAUCAUCCGAGAUCAACAAUGCAAAGGUCAAUAGACAUCGAACCCUGCAAGGAGUGUAUGAAGUCACGUUUCCCUGUGCGUGACAUAGUCUUCGACUAUUUCGGGCGCAAAAUUAGCGGUUCCCGUAUUUCUCCCAUUGACUUAAGAUGGUGAGGUUACCUGAUCGAACUGAUGAACUGAAGACUGAUGAAUUGGUGGUGACCUUGCUGAAAAUAUGAGGUAUACAAGUUGAGUGGGCUGGAGAGCUUGUUAACGCUGAGGGCGUUGCGAAGUUGCGACAUUUUAGGACCAUGCAGAGGCCUACGACAUGGGUCAGUUAACUGGCCUGACUUGACCUGACUUGAGUUGAUUCGGUUGGUUCACAAGAACAAUCAAAUUAGUAUUUGAUUCAAAGGUGGGAAUGGGAUAAUGCUUAUAAUACCGAAAUAUGUAAGUACAAAACAAAAUGAAAAAAAAAAAACGCGAAAAGAUAUUGGUAACGUACUUGACUGCAAUCCUAUAGGUAAUAACAAUCACAUAGUGUUCUCAUAUUUACGAUGUAAACCCCUCGUUUCACUUGCUUCUGAUUGCAAGUCGUCAAUGACGGCGGUGGCCCUGUGACUGUCAACAUCCGGCUGUUCCCACUCUGGUGGUGCGAUCAUGUGACCUCAGCGCCAACGCCAACAUUCGCCCUGUCACCGGAGCCCCUUACGCCACGCGCGCUGAUGGCCUGGAAAGCGACUGGAACCGCGGCUGGUAAACAGAGACCAAAUGGAGGACCGGUAAAAUUAGUCAUGGAGACCACGGGAACGAGGUGAAGGCAGAACGGGUGGUCAGUUUGAGAGGAACCGUUGGGUCGAAGAGGUCGCCGGUUCCGCAGGUCGUGAAGAGCAGCCCUCUGACAUCUGAUCAUGGUCAGUAUCCGCCAGUGGCCCGUUAGAGUGAAAUGAGCACAGUCGUGGACCUCUGUGCCAUAUACCUACCUUUGCAUACCGAUAUGGAGGGAUUUAUGUCCCUGCACUCAGUGGUGGCCUAUCCGACACUAAGCUUUUUGCAGCCUGCCAGCUGCGUGCCUGCCUGGCGCCGUCUGCAUUGAUAGUAGGUUUUUGUUAGCAUAUGGGGCCACCCCUUCCCUCCUUCCCUCGUGCUGGGCUGCUUCUGCGGGCGGAGGGCAGUGACCUUCUAGUGAUAACCUAUACAGCGACUCGCCGUCAGGCCAUCACCGGUCACCAGCCCACGACAUUUCCCGGUGUCGUGUCGUGAGGAGUGUCACCAGCUCUGCGGGCUUCAAACACCCUAUCUUAUCAGGAAGGCCCACAGUAGUCCACCAGCCUGCACUCUGACCUAGUGACCCGACUUCACGCGGUCAAAUAACUAACAUAGAUCUAGCAUUAGGAAUGUAAAUUGGCCGUGCCUGAAAUCGCGGACCUGUGUGCAUAAUGGACGCUUUUCCCAUUGUUGAAUAUGCUGAAAUAGUUGCAAGCUAAUAGAUACCUAUUGCAUAUGCAAGGACGUGUAGCUGCAUGCUUUUUGAUAUACCUUUUAGGUAUAUCUAAAAGUUCCACGACAAAUCCACGACAAAAAUUACUUGUUAUUUCAUCCUAUUAAGAUAAUUUCCCCAAUGGUGACAAAAUAUGCAACAUAAUCAGUUAGGUACGUAUGUUCAUUAUGUGCAGUUGCUUUUGUAUAGUGCGAUCUAUUCAGCGCACAAAAUAGGUAUAUGACACUGUUUUAUUAAUUUCCCCAUAUUGUUGGUCUUGGAAUUGUGAGUGCUGCUGGGAGCUACUCCACGAUGUGCAAUCUGGAUUGCACGGCUAGGAUUAUAAGGCCUUGCCUUUGACUCAAUGAUGCGUUUCGUGCUCUGCAGGACGAGCUAGAACCGGAACAGGUGGCCAGUAAGUAGUCUAUAUGUGACGCGUCCGUCCAGCCGUGUUCUCUAAUCCAUGUCACUGUCCAACGUCCGAGGUCAUGAAGAUCCUCGCACACAUGUAACGGUGAAGUCGUAGUUGUAGAUAAUGCAUUGCGUAGUGCGUUAGUCUAUAGCCGCUAACACUAAUGUGGCGUGUCUUCGUAUUGUUGACCAUCAAGGCAUGUUCGUCGUUCAGUUUUUAUUCUAUGCCCGAUAGCCUAUAGCAAUGGGUUUUAGCAUGAGUUAUCAUUCUUUACGAGACACAUUGAUUUUUUACAGACAUGAACUUUCGAAUGCGAGACGCUUUAUAAGGUCGGUAAGUGUUGCAUAAUAGGAAGAUCAAAUCAAGGUUGCAAAAUUAGUCAAAAACUAAUUACAAAGAUAUAUGUGCUCAUUUUAAACCGAAAUGACAAGUCAUAUUAUAUCUAUCAACGAUCCCGCGAUGCACGAGCUCCGCAAUAUUCCACAUCAACGUUUUAAAACGAUGUUUCUUUUGAACCCUUCCAAUCGUAUCAGCAUAACUGAAUAUUCAAAUGUUGCUCCGGCAGUGCUGAAGAAGGCUUUCGACGGCUUCGACCAUGAAAAGAAGGGCGCCAUUAGCACCGACCUGGUGGGCACCAUCCUGAGGAUGAUGGGUCAGGCGUACAACGCCAAAACGCUGCGCGAACUCAUCGACGAGGUGGAUGCCGAUCACUCCGGAAUGCUGGAGUUUGAGGAGUUCGUCACGCUGGCCGCCAAGUUCAUCAUCGAAGACGACUCGGAGGCCAUGGCUAAGGAGCUGAAAGAGGCUUUUCGGCUCUAUGACAAGGAGGGGAACGGCUUUAUUCCCACUUCAUCAUUGGCCGAAAUCCUGAAGGAACUGGAUGACACACUAAGUGAUGAGGACCUUGAAAACAUCAUCAAAGAAAUCGAUACGGACGGAUCCGGUACCCUCGAUUUUGAUGAAUUCAUGGAAAUGAUGACUGGCUGAAAACCGUGGUGGAACAAGUUAAAAAACGCACGCACGCUAUCACUCACAUCUCCGGAGCCCAACUGUUCUGCACUAUGGUUCUGCUUUGCUCAUAUGCAAUAAUGACACGGAGCUACAAGAAAAAAAUAGCACGAGCGUAUUUCGCACCUUCACAUCGUAAUGGCUAGCAUUUUUUUUCUAUGCCUGUGAACAUGUUUGAUAUAAUACAUUUUCGAAUAAUGGGAUAA